AUGCACGGCCGCAAAAAGGAUCACAAACGCGGUAUCACAUAUUCCAUGUUGUUGGUUGGUGAUUCCGGAACCGGAAAGACCAGCUUUGCUAACAACCUUUUGGAAACGGCCAUUUUCCCACAUAAAUAUGCAAUGGAAGUCCCUGGUCUACCAGAGAACCCUCGUGUUAAGGUAGUCAAGCCCACGAUGGUUGUUUCUUACAAUUCCAAGAAUGGCAUUCCUUCUCAUAUGGCACAAUUUGAUCCAGCUCGUGAGCAUUUCGAGCCUGGUGUUACCAUUACUUCAACGUCAUUGGAGAUCUCUACCGGAUCGGAGAAACUGUCCUCGAGGGCAUCCAUGUCCAGCGACGGUUCGUCAAUGACGCAAAAUGGCGGUGUUGAUACCGACAAGAUCUCCUUUAACUUGGUAAAAUCGUACGGAUUAGGUGAAAACCUCGACAACUCACUGUGUUUUGAUGAAAUAACCGGCUUUCUGGAGCAGCAGUUCGACCAAGUCUUAGCGGAGGAAACGAGGAUAAAGAGAAACCCUCGAUUCGAAGACACAAGAGUCCACGUUGCCCUGUAUUUCAUUCCACCAACAGGACACGGCUUGAGAGAGAUGGAUGUUGAGAUGAUGAAAAGACUUUCACGGUUUACCAACGUACUUCCCAUAAUUUCUCGCGCCGACUCGUUCUCAACCGAAGAGCUUGCCAAAUUCAAAGCUACGGUUAUGGAUGACAUUGAAAGGUUCAACGUACCGGUCUAUAAGUUUGAAGUUGAUCCUGAAGAAGAUGAUCUGGAGACCGUAGAGGAAAACCAAGCAUUGGCCAUGUUACAACCUUUUGCUGUGAUGUGCUCGGAUGAGAGAAACGAUAGUGGCCAAUUUAUCAGGAGAUACCCUUGGGGCGAAAUUAAUAUCGACGACAGCGACGUUUCAGAUCUGCGCGUUCUCAAAAAUGUAUUAUUUGGCUCUCAUUUCCAAGAGUUUAAGGACACUACUCAAAACUUUCUCUAUGAGAACUACAGAGCAGAGAAAUUAUCCACUGUGUCUGAUUGGGAUGUUGACAAAGAGAGCGGAGACGUCAACAAGCGCAACUCUGCCGCACCAAGUCUGUCAAAUUUCGCGUCUUUGAUCACUACAGGUCAAUUCAAGUCAUCUAACUCUCUGGCCAUGCCUCCGCAAUCUGAAACGCCCUCCACUCCUGACUCAAAAACGAUCAGCCAUGGUUCUGGUAUGGAAUCUCCUGCCAUUAGACAAAUUUCUCAAAGUAUAAGGCGCGGUAAUGAAGAGAUUAUCAACAACAUAAAAAGCUCGCCAAGAUCCUCUGCACCAGGUUCUCCGGAUAAAUCUAAACUAAGAAACAUAUCGGAAACAGUUCCGUACGUUUUGAAACAUGAGCGUAUCAUUGCGAAGCAACAAAAGUUAGAAGAGCUGGAAGCACAGUCCGCAAAGGAGUUACAGAAGCGCAUUCAGGAUCUUGAAAAACGGGCUGCGGAUUUGAAGCUGAGAGAACGUCUGCUGCGUCAGCAACACUUAAACAGCUCCAGCACAUCUUUGAGUUCAAGAACAACCUCUGCUUCCCAGACGCUGCCAACGCAAACGAAGCUAAAAAAGGAGGAAAGUAUGACAGAUCUAGCAUCCAUUGUGAGUGGAAGAGUCUAG